CUGAUCUUCGUGAACGUAAAUAGGCAGAUAGCGAGUUAUUACGCGGAGCUUUACUUGUUUUCCUAUCGGGAUUUAUCCACAUAAAACAUAACUUGCUGGGUUUGUCCAUAUGGAAAAUAUAAAUCAGUCAUGACUGUGGUUAUUGGGUUUGAGGGCAGUGCCAAUAAGAUUGGAAUAGGGAUAGUGAGAGAUGGGGAAGUCCUGUCAAACCCCAGGCGUACCUAUAUUACUCCACCUGGUCAAGGUUUUCUUCCCAGUGAAACAGCUAAACAUCAUCGUAGUGUUAUUCUAACCGUCCUCCAAGAAGCACUAGAUGAGGCUGGGUUGAAACCUGCUGAUGUUGACUGUGUAGCAUACACCAAAGGGCCAGGGAUGGGUGCCCCUUUGGUUAUUGUGGCCCUUGUGGCCAGGACUGUUGCCCAGCUAUGGGAAAAGCCACUGGUGGGUGUGAACCACUGCAUUGGGCACAUUGAAAUGGGCCGACUGGUCACUGGUGCCAGGAACCCUACCGUGUUGUAUGUUAGUGGUGGCAACACUCAGGUGAUUGCUUAUUCAGAAAGACGCUACAGAAUUUUUGGGGAAACGAUAGACAUUGCUGUGGGAAACUGCUUGGACCGCUUUGCCAGAGUCAUCAAGAUAUCUAAUGAUCCUAGUCCUGGCUACAACAUUGAACAGAUGGCAAAGAAGGGCAAGCAGUAUGUAGAGCUCCCAUAUACAGUCAAAGGAAUGGAUGUUUCUUUCUCUGGGAUUUUAUCGUAUAUAGAGGAGGUGGCACACAAAAUGUUGAGCUCUGGGCAGUGUUCAGCAGAGGACCUUUGCUUUUCCCUGCAGGAGACUGUAUUCUCUAUGCUAGUGGAGAUAACCGAACGGGCCAUGGCUCACUGUGGCUCCCAAGAAGUGCUGAUUGUGGGAGGAGUAGGCUGUAACCUGCGGCUACAGGAGAUGAUGGGUGUGAUGUGUGAGGAGAGGGGCGCUCAGCUCUUUGCCACAGAUGAGAGGUUCUGCAUCGACAAUGGAGCGAUGAUUGCACAAGCUGGCUGGGAAAUGUUCCGAGUGGGUCAGACAACGGAGCUGGCCGACUCCUGGAUCACACAGAGGUACAGGACAGAUGAAGUAGACGUUGCCUGGCGAGACUGAACUUUUACAGACCCUGAUAACUAUUUUAACUUGAGGAAAAAACUAGCAGAGAAUGGAAUAUUUUUGAAAACCAGUUUUUAAUGACAUGCAGCUACACAGCAAUCUUGAAAGAGCAUUUUGCAACUUGGACAAGAGUUAUCUAGUAUGAAAAUCAGUUUAAAUAGUUCAGACUUGAUUACCUGGCUUCUAUUAAAUGUGGAUCAUUUAAUAAAUAGUAUGUCUUCAAAGCAGCCAAUUUUGCAUGUCAUUUGUGUACAUAAGCAUCACAACUUGGUUUCACACUUUAGAUUCUUUAUGAAGAUCUUAAAGGUUGUUAUUAAAGAAAGUUUCUUAAUUGCAGAAAAAUAAACUUGACCAUAAAUAUAACAAAUCUCUCAUGAAUGACAUUCCAUAUACUUAUUUUUUGGUGGAAAGCACUUAGUAACUGCUCUGUAUUUGUUUAUGAAGCCCUAGACUGGAGUCCUGAAGCACCUACUUCUAUGCUCAAACGUACUGACUUGUAUAAAAUAGAAAAUGGGAGAAUUUGCUACAGAAUAAAACCUGCAAGCUCAUGAACUUAGAUUUUGGUUUAAAUUGUCCAUAGCAUUCAGAAAACCCUGGUCAUGUUGCUGUUGCUUACAGUCAUGCAGUUUUCCAACAACGUAUAGAGAAACAUACAGCUGAAGAUGAAUGCAUGUAGGUCUUUAAAUUAGCAACUACUGGGUUCCUUUUUGCUACUCAAUUUUUCUUGUUGCUCUACAAAAAGUAUGCUAACAGCAGUGUGUUUAGGCAUCAAUAUUUUCAUUCUUCUGCCUUGUUCUGGUUCCACUGUUUUAAUGAUGGAUUCUGAAAAAGGUUAUAUGGACAAAGCAGAUAUUUAUAGCAGUAGGAACCUUUUACGGAAUCAAGAUAGUCAACAUCAGCAUUUAUGCAGAUGUGACUUGAAAUACUGGAGGGGAGGGGGAUGACUGCUUGGAUUUAUAGGAGGGCCCAUAUUAACACCUACAUUUUGCAUCUCAAAAAAAAAAAAAAUCUGAUUGCAGUCACUAUAAUAGCAUCUCAUUACACACAAUCAGGAUAUUAAUCAUUAAGACUACCCAUUUCCAUAUUUCCAUUACCCUUUUUUUCUGGAAGAAGGGUUACACACAAUAAAUCACCAUAUAAAAUUGUAGGGGUUUUUUUUGCCUCAUAAUUUGCUUUUAUUAUGCAACACUGUUCACUUAAAUGUCUGAAUCUUGUCCAGUGCCCCUUUAAAAUAAGAAAACAGAAAAAAAAAAAA